GCAUAUAGUGGUUAUAUAUUCUGUUGCUUUGGUUUUAUUCACCAGUUCAACGUAUCCAUCCACCAUGAAAACAUUGAUUGUUCUUUUCUGCGCCACAGUUGCCCAGAGUGCUCCUCACCUCUACUCCCCCUACGCCUACCACCAUUACCCUACUCUAGCUAAAAGCACAAUAACCUACCAAACAUCCGGUUUCGAGAAGGUUGAUGCGGAAACACCAGCAGAUGCCGUUAAAAUAGAGCUUGUUCAAAGACAGCAUCAGCAUGAGAUCCUAACUCCUACCUACGCUGCUGCUCAUUACGGCUAUGCUGCUCCUUUUGGGUAUGCUGCUUCUCCUUACUAUAACCAUGCAGUUGUAAAUACUCCAGCUGUAAUUCCUAAAUACACUUACACCCUCGCUGGUGUCCCUUUUAACAUUCCUGUUGCUGCUGCUCCUGAGGCUGCUCCCGAAGUUGUUGCUGAGGCUGCACCCGAAGUAGUUGACGAAGAGGUUGAUUCUAAGGCAGCUGAGGAGCCUGCUGCCGAAGAGCCUGCAGUUGUAGAGGUUGCUGCUGAAGAGCCCGCAGCCGUAGAACCUGCUGCUGAAGAGCCUGCUGCUGAUGAGCCUGCUGCCGAAGAGCCUGCUGCUGAAGAGGUUGUUGCCGAAGAGCCAGUAGCGGAAGAGGUAACUGCUGACGAGCCUGCUGCAGAGGAAGCUAUUACAGAAGCUUCAUCUGAAGUUGAUCUUAGAAUAGCUGAAUAAGAUGCGAGAGAAAAGACAAUUAAGACAGUUUUCUAAAAUCAUAAGACGAAUAGGUCAAAGUAAAGCCAUUUUUAUUAUAGAAUUUGGUUUCUUGUUUUCAUGUCGUGGAGUAAAAAUAAAAGAAUGCUACAUUAA